ACUAAGAACUUUGUGAUUUGUAGAUGUGGAACUUAAAUAUUCGAAAGUUAAAUGGCUGAAUUAGUAGGACGGCGUUCCUGAGCAUCCUAAACAUCUGUUAUGAUUGUUCAUCAUUGCCAGUAGUUCAUUUUAGAAUUGUUGUUCACCAACUUUCACUUUAUAAGCAUAUGUUACUGACCAUAAUACCUUGGAACUUCAAGUUCAUCUAUGCAACAAAACAUCUUUAAUAACAAGUAAAAAAUGACGAAGAAAAAUGUUAAGAAAGCAAAGGAGGAAUCAGAUGGGCUAGCCACUGCUGAACCCGAGCCUGCAGAAGAUCUGUUCGAGGAAGAAAAUUCUGACAAGAAAAAGAAGAAGAAGAAGAAGAAAGGCAAGGAUGAUGAUGCUAAUGAAGCUUCUGAAACUGUUGAAAAGGUUGAAGAAGUGGACGAGGAUCAAGAUGAUAAAAAGAAUAAAAAAGCCAAGAAAAAAGUAGAAAAGGUUGACCCCAAAAAAGAUAAAAAAGGUGGCCCAGGAAAAAAAGCCAUUGCAGCAAUGCAAGAGACCUUAAGGAAAAUUAAAGAAGAAGAAGACCGUAUCAGACGAGAAGAAGAAGAGGCAGAAAGAAAAGCCGAAGAAGAAGAGCGAAUUAGAUUAGAGCAAGAACGAAAAGAACAAGAACGACGAGACCUUAAAAAACAACGUGAGAAGGAAAAACGUGAUCGACUAAAGGCUGAAGGAAAAUUCCUAACUCCCAAGCAGAGAGCAGCGCAGGCUCGCUCACAAGCAUCUCUGGAGAUAUUGAGAGCGCAAGGUGUUGACGUACCUUUAAUUGGAGAAAAGCGACCCAGGGCUGGUACACGAGUGCGUACGAACAAACAGCAACAAGCAGUGGCUCAAACUGACGAGAGCACGACUUCCGAAGAAAAUAAAGCUGAGCAAAAACCAGAUGGCGAAAGUGAAGUAUUGGUAGAAGAGGAGGAAGAAGAAGUGAAAGAAUCGUGGGAUGCAGAAUCAUCUUCAGAGGAAGAAGUGGAGGAAGAGCCUGUUCCAACCACGACUGCUGAGACGACACAUUCAAAGUCGAAAUCGGAGAGUGAAGAUUCCGAUGACUCUGACGAAGAGGAUGACUCUGACGACAGUAGUGAUUCAGAUAACGAAGAUGGCAAAAAGACAGAUGCUCUCUCCAGGAGAGAAAGGGCAUUAAAUCGUAUUCAGAAAAGACGAGACGAGGCUGAAAAGAACACGGAUCCUGAAGUUUUACGUGCUCCGGUUGUUUGUGUAUUGGGUCACGUAGACACGGGUAAAACAAAAAUCCUCGACAAACUUCGUAGAACCCACGUUCAAGAUGGUGAAGCUGGUGGAAUUACACAACAGAUUGGUGCUACCAAUGUCCCGAUUGAAGCCAUUCGUGAACAGUCCAAAAUGGUUAUCGGUUUCCAGGACAUGAAGUUAAAAAUUCCGGGUCUUCUCAUUAUCGAUACCCCUGGGCACGAAUCUUUCAGUAAUCUACGUUCUCGUGGCUCUUCCUUGUGCGACAUUGCUAUCUUGGUAGUCGACAUUAUGCACGGGCUCGAACCUCAAACUAUCGAAUCCCUCAACUUGCUUAAAGCAAAGAAAACUCCUUUCGUCGUAGCCCUUAACAAAAUUGAUAGGUUGUAUGAUUGGAUCUCCAAUCCUAAAAAAGAUGUCAAGGAUUUAAUCAAAUCGCAGGCAAAGAACACUCAACUCGAGUUUCAAGAUAGGGCCAAGUUGGUUAUUACUCAGCUAGCCGAACAGUCGAUGAACGCAGCCGUUUUCUAUGAGAAUCCCGAUUCACGAUCGUAUGUUUCCAUGGUCCCAACAAGUGCUGCUACCGGUGACGGCAUGGGAAAUCUCAUGUCGCUCAUUGUAGAAUUGACUCAAACCGCAUUAGCUAAAAGGCUUAUGUAUACCGAUGAGCUUCAGGCGACUGUUUUAGAAGUAAAGGCCAUCCCCGGCUACGGAACAACGGUCGACAUCAUUCUUAUUAAUGGAACUCUGCACGAAAGCGACACAAUUGUUUUAGCAGGAACCGACGGACCCAUUGUGACACAGAUUCGGUCUCUUCUCUUACCGCAACCCAUGAAAGAGUUACGAGUUAAGAAUACAUACACGGAGCCCAAGGAAGUGCGAGCAGCACAGGGUGUGAAAAUCACGGCCAAAGAUUUGGAAAAGGCCAUCGCCGGGUUGAAUCUACUUGUUGCCUACCACCCGGAUGAAGUGGAAAUCUGCAAGGAAGAAGUAGCACACGAAUUGAAAUCUGCUUUGGGUCGAAUUAAAUUACAGGAUCGAGGAGUCUACGUUCAAGCUUCGACUCUAGGAUCCCUAGAAGCCCUUCUCGAGUUCCUGAAAACAUCUGAAAUUCCUUAUGCCAACAUUCGCAUCGGCCCUGUGGUGAAAAAGGACGUCAUGAAAGCUUCAACCAUGUUGGAGCAUAAUGCCCAAUAUGCUGUAAUUCUGGCGUUUGAUGUAAAAAUUGAACGUGACGCUCAGGAGAUGGCAGAUUCCGUUGGAGUCAAAAUUUUCCAGGCUGAUAUUAUCUAUCACCUGUUUGACAGUUUUAUGAAAUACCGUGACGAGUUAAAGGCCAAGAAGCGGGAAGAGUUCAAAGAUGUUGCCGUUUUUCCAUGCAAAUUACGAAUUCUCCCUCAGUUUAUUUUCAACACUCGAGACCCGAUCGUGGUUGGUGUGGUGGUGGAGAACGGGAUUGUGAAGGAGGGCACACCGUUGUGCGUUCCGACCAAAGAGUUUGUCUGCAUUGGGAUCGUGACCAACAUUGAAGUGAAUCACAAAGCCAUCGAAACGGCCCGUAAAGGUCAAGAAGUUUGUAUCAAAAUUAGCCCCACGCCUGGCGACAGCCCUAAACUUUAUGGACGUCAUUUCGACCACACGGAUUUGUUGGUUUCCAAGAUUAGCCGAGAAUCCAUCGACGCCUGCAAGGAAUAUUUCCGAGACGAUUUGCAGAAACCCGACUGGCAAUUGAUGGUCGAGUUGAAGAAGCUCUUUCAAAUAUUGUGAUGAUUCAGUUUUGAUGACCUCUCCUUGUUUCCUCUUAAAAAACUCUUUACUAUUCAUUGGUGGAAGCUGCCGGUUGCCCGGCGUGUCAGAUUUAAAACCAAACUGGAUCGAUAUCCCGUCAAAAACAAAAUAUCCAUACUGGAGAGCCUUUUUUUUUCCUUUCCAGGACGUUGGUCAUGUUGAUUGUCCGUUCAAACGAGCCAAAAUACAACGUCCAGAAGACA